GGAAAGUUGGGUCAGUGCGCCAUUUGCCCACUAUCAUCUGCCGUGAUAGUAGGAGAAAAACGUAGUCGUCAACUUGAAUCUUCAUUUCGCUCCAACAUCAGCAGUUUAUUUUCAGCAACUACUUCUCAUACAUUUACCGAGUGAAAAGUACAUCAUAUUCCAACAAAUCAGAGAAGAUGAAUCAAUCAACAGAGUUGACGGCCACUGCAAUGGCGCAGCACGGAGGCUACAAUCCUUGGGUUCUUCCGGAUUCUUUCACCAUCCUUUCCUUCGCUCCGGAAGACAUCCGUGGCUUCCUCCACCCCCACUGGCACACCCAGAAAUCCCCGCAUCCCAUGCUUUAUUACUUCUUCGGAUUGUAUUAUUUAGUCAUGGGAUCUAUCGCCAUCUGCGGAAAUAUAAUCGUACUGAGGAUCUUCAGCAACAACGAGAAGCUACGUACGCCAGCCAACAUGCUUGUUAUGAAUCUGGCUAUGUCUGAUCUCUUGCUCAUGGUCACCCUCAUCCCUGAAUGCGUCUACAACUUCUUCUUGGGAGGACCAUGGCAGUUUGGAGAGUUGGGAUGUCAAAUCCACUCAUUCUGCGGCGCUCUCAUGGGAUACAACCAGAUCAUGACAUUGACUCUCAUCAGCUGGGACCGUUACAAUGUGAUCGUCAAGGGUUUCAACGGAACGCCAUUGACUUUCUCCAGAGCCAUCAUCUUGAUCAUAUUUAGCUGGGUGUGGGCUUUAGGAUGGUCUAUUGCUCCUCUGGUCGGAUGGGGACUAUACGCAAUGGACGGUAUGCUCGGAACGUGUUCAUUCGAUGCUGUAACGACAACGAUGAACAACAAAUCUUACCUGAUGGCCGCCUUCUUCAGCAACUACGUACUCACAGUGUCGUCCAUCAUCAUCUGUUACUACUUUAUUGUCCAGGCUGUCUUCCACCAUGAAGACGAACUCCGACAGCAAGCUAAGAAGAUGAACGUCACCUCGCUGAGGAGCAAUGCCGACCAGCAGGCCGUUUCUGCGGAAAUCCGUAUCGCUAAAAUCGCCAUUUUGAACGUUACCUUGUGGCUCAUCUCCUGGACGCCGUUCGCCGUCAUCUGCCUUCUCGGCACCUGGGGCGACACGUCCAAGAUCACUCCGCUCGUUAGCGAACUGCCCAUCAUUUUGUCCAAGACCUCGUGCGCUUAUAACCCGGUCAUCUACGCCCUGUCUCAUCCAAAGUACCGAGAGGCCUUAAAGGAGCUCUACCCUUGGAUCUGCAUCGUCCCCAACACCAAGAAGAGUAAUCAGAACGGUGGAGAUAAUCAGUCGGUUAGCUCUGCGAAGACACAGGCUUCCGAGAGUACCUAAACCGAAUGAAUAUACAUAAAGUUUUUAUUCUUAUUAUUUAAUUUAACGGGACGGAUACACGUACAUAUAGCAUACUUACCUUUGAAAAAGGGAAUUGAUCAUUCAAUUUGUUCAGCUAUUCAUGUAUAAGUGUAUCGACAUCGAAACGGAAAUCUGUCAAGGCUAUGGAAUCUGCUAUAUCGACUAAAUCUACAUAAUGUAUA